AUGGAUUUUGAGUUUAACGAUAGUUUUCUAUGCUUUCAUCCAUCAUUUCUUGACAAAAAAUGCACAUUAUGCAACCUACCCAUCAUUGCUUGCGGCAAUGGUCUCAUCACUACACCAUUAAGCUACAUUCACCCCAAUUUAGCUCUCACCCUCGAAGAAGUCGACCGUGUUCGAGAUGAUAAUUUACGACACUUGUUACAAUCCAAGAAGCUUCACUUAGUACUUGACUUGGAUCACACGUUAAUUGACUCAAGAUUAACCAAGAACGUUACUUUGGAGGAGAAACAACGUUUAACGUGUACAAAAGAUGUGUACAAUAUGUUAAGUUGUCGAUACGUGAAGUUAAGGCCGGGUGUACGUGAAUUUAUCAAACAAGUUAGUUCGAUGUUUGAUUUGUCUAUCUAUACUAUGGCUGAUAAGGUUUAUGCACAAGAAGUGCGUGGGUUACUUGAGUCUAAAGCCGGGUUUCCGAGGCUUUCGUGGGUCAUUGCUAAGCAAGAUUGUACAAAGUAUAGGCAAAAGAGGAUGGACGUGGUGUUGUCACACGAACGGGUUGUUUUAAUUGUGGAUGAUACCAAAAAUAUUUGGGGAGAUUUUUGUACUGAAAAUCUUGUUAAAAUUAAUCGUUACGAGUUUUUUCCAAUUAAGGAACAACAAGAGGAGGAAAUCGACACGGAACUUGCUAGGGUUUUUGGUGUACUAAAGAUGGUACAUGAUAAAUUUUAUGAUGUUGAUUUUGAGGUUGAAGACGAGGUGGUGUUUGGUACGAGGGAUGUGAGGUAA